AUGCUGCCGCGAAAGCCUUCUUCUGGCCCCUUGCAAGCGAUAACGGCGAGGAUAUUGGGUGGGGAAAAACUUGUUCAAGAAGUUGAUCGACUUUCACUCAACAAAAGUAAAGUUAAUGUCCUAUCACAAACUGACGUUUGGUUGAGAGAAGCACUAGUAAAAAGACCUAUAAAUCGGCGCGAUCAAGUUGCAUUGCAAAAUAUUCGUCAACCGGAUGCACUUCCAGAGCUUUCUCUAGCCGUAAUUUUGAGCUAUCUCCGCAAAUUAAGACUUAAAAGUAAGUUUGAUGAGUAUUUUGUUUUGCUUAAUCGUCUGCAGUCAAGCCAGAUACGGUGGGUGUCAAGGUCAGGUAGUCAGAUGUCAGGUGAAAAACCUGUUGAGUUGUAUCGAGAAUUAUCCCAUAUGCUUCGCCUCAAGAGUAUAGCCACUCGAGACCAAGCCGACAAUUUUAUUUUAGCCAAGUUUGCCAUAAACCUUCUCGAGAACUAUGCUAUAGUAUUAGAGAGUAGGGAGAAAAUUUCGCCAGAUAUUUUUUUUUGGAGGAAUUGCGCCGACGUUUGUGCUCAGACGAGCUCUAUCCGAUACUUGCUUCGCUUCAACGAGCUAGUUAAAGACGAGCACUUGAUUGUUUACGCAAACUCUGCGUUCUAUCUUCGAACCAGCCAACAUCCAAAUUUAUUUACAUCAAUCAAAUCAAUUGAGCAUUUAAAAUCGCCACUAGUUCCUGAUCUUUUUGGGCCCAUCAUUCGCGAAACCCUCUUAACAUUUGCGUCUGUAGGUCUCGAAAAAGAGGCUAUCCAUAUUUCCAAAAUGUUUUUCGGAGACAGCUACAAUCAAACUGCCAAUACAUUAUCCAAUGUCUACUUCUCGACGGAAAGAAACGGCGCCUUUGGCCUUCAGCGGGUACUUGACGAGAGAGAUCAUCAACACCAUCAAAACACCAGCCUUCACCGGAAAACCUUCCAAGAUGAUCAUCUAUAUGAAGACUACAUUAGGUUGAUAAGUGAUAUUGGGCUUAAUCUUUUUGAAGAAGAGCACCCGCUGGACUUUUUACUCACAAAGCUACCAAAUGAACAUUUGUCAGUGGAGCAGUGGUGUCAAUUCUUCGAAAGGACGAGGCCGCCGAAGACAGCUCCUGCUUCCUUACUAGCGUUUCAUUUGAAUCUGAUCCUGACACAUGUUGCGGCGCAUAGAUCGGCAGGUUUCAUAAUUCUUCUUUGGCAUUGUCUAAUAACGGACCAUGGUCUUGAGAAAGCUUUUAUGGAUACCCACCGAUUGAAGUUGAGCCAACAUCGAAGUGGUUUUCACAUAUUGAUUAGAGCAAUCGGUACGUCCUCUUCUACUAAAUUAAGUGGUUAUGAACUUUUCAGGUUUUUAAAACAAAGCGCGCUUUUAAAAUCGGCCAACUCCUGUUUUAUUUUUACAGAGACGGACUAUAGAAACCUGAUGCGCUCUUGUACACAGAAAUCCAAUCCGAUUAUAAUGAACUACUAUUUGUACAACUACUUUGUUGAUUUUGGGGGGAAAUGCAUUAAAGUAGGCCCUGAAGCACUUACGUGGAAUUUGAGCGCUUCUUUCAAAUCGCUGCUGGAGACUAUGCACCUGAGCGGUUAUGACGAUGGUGCUUUCUUGAAUAAUAUUCGUGCAAUUGGCGAUUGGUACGUGAACAAUUUCCCGCUAGAAACUAAGGGAUGUCAAAUUUCACAGGACAAGGUGCAGGACAUUUUCAAUCGUUGUGGAGUGACAGGUUCGGGCCUUGAAAAAUUCUUAGAGCAAGAGCAGCCAAAUGACCCGUUGGACGGGGAAUAUUCUCUAAUAGCUGAUUUAGAUACUGUUGAGCGAAUGGGAAUAACAUUGCGGCAUCUACAGGCAGCGUCGAACGAGAUGUAG